UAGGUCACACGAUCGACGAUGUCGAUGAAUCUGCUUCCAUCUGAUUUGGAAGAGGAAAUCCUCUGUAGAGAUCCAUUCAGACGUCUUGCCAAGUUCAGAUCUGUAUGCAAGCUUUGGAAUAGUAUGAUUUUGGACGAGAGAGUCAUCCUUAAGAACAUGAGCUAUAGCGGUGAGCAUGGGUUUAUAAUCACCCAUAAUGCGAUUCUUUCUUCUUCCGUGAGCAUUAAGGAGCAGCAAAACGUGGUAGAUUCUCCUCCGUCUUUGGUGACCAAAAACCUUAGCCUUAGAAAAUUUCGUCCAGCACAGUCUGUUAAGGUGUACAAGAUCGUGCAAUGCGACGGUCUCUUGUUGUGUGUCAUGGACAACCAACUUUUGGUUCGGAACCCUUUACUGAAAGAAACGAGUUGGGUCAAAUGCGGCAGCGACUUUCACGCAUACGAUGAUGCGUACAGCCUUGGAUACCUCAGCCCUUGUGAUUACAGGAUCUUACGGUUUCGAUGUGCUAGUAAUUCAAGAAACAGACCUCCAAGAGUUGAGGUCUGCCAACUCGCGUCUAAGACAUGGAAGGUUAUAGAUUAUCCGAUCAGCUGUACUUUUGAUUGGGUCCUUAAAAUACCCUUGUCGAUACUCUCUUUGAGAGGAACUCCUUACUGGAUUGGUUUCCGAGAAGAAGACCAUACAACAACAGCCUUCGUACAAAGCUUUGAUUUUGCCAAAGAGAGGUUUCAACCGAUAGAUCAGCUACCGUUCAGGUAUGAAGAGUUGAAUCCUAUUGCAAUGGAGAUAUUUAAAGGAGACAGGCUCUCAGUGUUGGAGCAAUGUCACAAAACAAGGAAGAUAUGCAUAUGGGUUAAGCAUUGGCUCUUACCUUCUUGGAGUAGAUUGAUGGUCGUGGCUAUACCACAUUUUCCGCUGUUACAUCCACCAUCAAGUCGUGUUUCCACAGAUUUUUUUCUUGACAAAAACGGUAGGCUCGUCGUAAUUUGUGUUGAGUUCAAUGUCAGUGAUAUGUAUAACAUUUACAGAGUCAUGGGCGAGAACAACGACGAGUUACAAGUUUUUGAAACAGACAAUGCUGCGGAAAAUAGUAUUUCUUGUUCAUGCAGCUUCGUUCCGAGUUUAGUCAGGCUUCCAGGGUUUUUGAAGCAAGACACAAGUCGGAUUCGUUGGAAAAAAAAUAGAUUCAACUAG